CUGUGAAGAACGGAGCGCGAAAAUGAGGAGAUCAGGUGCAUCUGCUGCGAUCAUCCGAGGUUUCUCAACAUCAUCUUUAUUCUGAUUCUCCGUUUAUAUGAAAGAAUGUUCUGUCUCGUUGUCGGACUGUUGAGAUGCGCGGGAAGCUCUCGCUGAAUGGCAAUGCCCAGAGGAGCUUCAUCAUGCCUCUUCUCAGCGUGACUUCAGACGGCGUCUCCAGCGCUUCCCCGACCCCGGGUUCAUCUCCGCUUUCUUCCCUCCCUCCGUCUCUGUCCUCGUUUCUCCCAGAGACGAACUGCUCAGCGUCUCCGUCUCCCUCGUCUCCGCCGUAUAACUUCUACGCCGUGCUGCUGGUGUUGCUGAUCUUUUGCGUGGUGUUUGGUAACGUGCUGGUGUGUGUGGCCGUGUCCCGAGAGAAAGCUCUGCAGACCACCACCAACUACCUCAUCGUGUCUCUGGCCGUGUCCGACUUGCUCUUGGCCACGCUGGUGAUGCCCUGGGGAGUCUACCUGGAGGUUGUUGGUGAAUGGAGGUUCAGUCGGAUCCACUGUGAUAUUCUGCUGACGCUGGACGUCAUGAUGUGCACCGCCAGCAUCCUCAACCUGUGCGCCAUCAGCAUCGACAGGUACACGGCCGUGGCCAUGCCGUUACUCUACAACACUCGCUACAGCUCCAGGAGACGCGUGGCUCUGAUGAUCGCCGUCGUCUGGUUCCUGUCCUUCGCCAUCUCCUGCCCGCUGCUGUUCGGACUCAACAACACAGCCAGUCAGGAAGGGAGAGACUGCAGUUUUGCCGACCCUGCUUUCGUGGUCUACUCGUCUGUGGCCUCCUUUUACGUGCCCUUCAUUGUGACCCUGCUGGUGUAUGCGCAGAUCUGCGUGGUGCUGCGCAGACGAGGCAGACGCACCGCUCCUUCACGCAGACACGGCCUCCAUCCUGAGCCCAGAGACGCACAGAGAUCCCGCAAGAAUAAAUGCACUCAUCCUGAAGAUGUGAAGUUGUGCACUUUAAUAGUGAAGCCUCCUCCAGCUGCUCCACAGCGCAAGAAAGUGACUCUGGUGAAGGAGGCUGUGGUUCACUCUCUGGACGUGGAGCCCGUGUGUUUUCUGAGUCCAGGCAGAGAUCAGCAGCAGCAGGCGUCUGGACGGCCGAAAAUCUCUCUGUCAGUGUCAGUGGCUCCCAGUCCAGCGCUCUCGGGCCCCGGCCCUCGCAGGGCCACGGCGCAGGAGAACACACACACACGCCACGGAUGGAGCGACAGAAACACAGAGCGAGAGAAAGGAGCGGCGGCGAAGGAGAGAGCGAGAGGAAGACUGUCGCAGCAGAAAGAGAGGAAGGCCACGCAGAUGCUGGCGAUCGUUUUAGGCGUCUUCAUCAUCUGCUGGCUUCCCUUCUUCCUCACGCACGUCUUGAAGGCUCACUGCGGCAGCUGCUGCAUCUCCCCGUCGCUCUACAGCGCCGUCACCUGGCUGGGUUACCUCAACAGCGCCGUCAACCCCGUCAUCUACACCACCUUCAACAUCGAGUUCCGCAAGGCCUUCAUCAAAAUCCUGCACUGCUGACGACACGGCUUUGUCUGUGUUACAGGACUGUGACGGUAACGUGUUCUUAAAGGAGUAGCGCGUCCAGAAAUCAACAGCCGCCCUCGUCUUCAAACCUGUGUUUCUUUAUGCACUUUGGUUUCAAGCGAUCAUAAAUUUAAAGACUUUCCUAGAUUUUUUACAAACAGAAGCUGGGUUGAAUAUGAGCUUGUCUUCACCAAACAAUUCUGACUUUAAUUGUCACAAUAUAUCACUGGUUUAUAUCUCGUAAUUCUGCUUUUGUCUUAUUUUUUUUAUCACGUAUCUUGCAGUUCUGUCUUGUCUUGCAAUUCUGAGAUUGUCUCGCAGUUUCAUUUUUUAUUAUGAGACAGUUGCGGUAUAAUUUUAGUUCUUUCGGGAGUUUGUAUAAAUCACCGUUCGUCUCAGAAGCUCAAACGUUCUCCCAAACGUCUCAGAAGACGACACGAGGGCGACUAAAUGAUGGGCGGGAGUAUGAUUUAUGAAUGAGCUAUGCCUUUAAAUGAUGUUUUUAUCCCCAGAGCAGGUCGGUCAUCUCCCCGUCGUAAAAGUUAGAGUUCACCGUGAAGCUCUCGUCGGAGGAUUUCAGAUGAUGCUGAGAUAAUCAGUUUGACUUUAAGCUCCGGCAAAUUGAAUCAUCUUUGAAUAUUUAAACACGCUUUGGACUGAAUAAUUCAGUGGGAUCUCUAGUGCUGAUGUAAGAUAUACCGAUGCUCUCCGAACGCGGAGGAAAUGAAGAUCAAACGCAUCUUGCUUCUGUAAGAAAGCGCGGCCUGUAGCGUGACGUCGUGAAGAAGCCCGUGCUGUAAAUAACGUGAUGUAACUGUACAGUGUUGAGUUGACUGAGAUACAACAGGACUCGAUAACGAUUAAAUAUUUAAAAACCUUCCAGUUAUAGACGUGUUGUCUUUUAAAGGGCUCAUUUAUUAAGGGAUUAAGUGUAGGUUCAUUUUGGGGGAAAAUAAAGAUCUUAGACGGCACCUUACC